AAGUACGGCCAACGCAACGGUUGCGAAUAUACUCCAACCUGUCGCGAUUCUAGCAAUUAAACAAAGCCCCACUGGCCGAGCAGAGAGUGAAGAAGUUUCUCAACGUGAAUUUCAAAAGAGAUAUAUUGAAAAAUAUUGUAAUAAAUACACAUAAAGUGCGAAUAAAUCGGGGAAAUGUGCAAUAAUUAUGGGCGCUCGCCAAGGUCCCUUAUAUAAGCGAGAGCCCAUUGUCAAGGGCGCCAAGUGUUUGCCACAUUGAGCCGUGGCCGUGGCCGUAACCGUAACCGUGUCCGUGUCCGUGUAUCGUGUUCGUAUCGUAUCCGUAUCUGUAGCGCCUCGUGAGCGUCCUUGUCCUUGUGCAGGCCGAACAGCUGCUUGGGUCCUGUCCCGUUUCCCCCUUUCGACCGCGACCUCGUCUUCGUCCUUGUUCUUGAACCGUAGUCCUCCAAUAGCAUCUGCUGCUACCGCUACUCCGCCCUGAAAACGGAAAACGACCUUCCCGUGCGCCCAGCUGUUGCUACCAACCGACCACCCACUCGAAUUCGACCCUCAGCUGUUGGCCACACGAUAUACGAAAAAAAAAGAGGAGAGAAGUUUGCUAGCAUUAAUGCCAGAUAAUCGGAGAUAUCGCUAAGACAGCUGUGCGAUUCCGACGAAAUCAUCUUACUCGUCACCUUUUCGCAAUGUGCUUCAAUAAGUUGUUCCUAAUAAACAAAUUCAACCAGCGAUUGCCUGGCACAAAGGUCAAAAGCCAACAGAGACAAGUGUAAGAGCCGGAAACCACAAAAACCAAUAAAACCAAGUAAAUCAAAUUGCAAUCAAAGUGAAAAUUCCCAAUGAAUGAGCUUAAAGCAGUCAAACAUACUCACACAACGCUCCUAAACAAACAAAAAUAACUAAAAAAAAAAAAAAAUUAACUAACGUAUAUUUUUCUAGAGGUGUUUAAAAAAGCCAACUACUACACGGAAGUAUAAACACGAAAAUUUAAUUGAAAACAAAGUGAAAGAAGUAAAUGCUCAGGUUUAAAAGUUUAUAACAAAAAAGGCAAAAAAAAGCGUUGUGUUUCAUGUGCAAAAUCUUAAGAAAUAUCUAUACAAAUAAACACAUAUAUUUUUGGAAUAAAAUUACUAAUACUAAUCAUAAUAAUAAAUCUUGUGAAUCGUGUUGUUUAAAAAAUAAUAAAAUAGUUUAAGCAGUGAAUAUAUUACACUAAAAUCCAUUUAUAAACAAACAAAUUUAAGAUUUAACCUUAUACACACCUUAAUACGAUCAUUAAAUAUAUAUUCUUAUACACGAUACGAUUUUAAUCAAUCAAUACAUCAAUCAAUUCAGCAAACAAUCGAGCGAUAUACUUCAAUUUGCAAAAAACUACUUCAAAGAAAUACCUACAAACAUACUCAGACGCUGCUGUGGAUCAGGCGAAGCAUAAAUCAGCAAACAAUAAGCCAUCAAGUAUUAUUAGCAACUAAAACGAACUCAGACUCGGGAUCAGCCUCAGAAAUCUCAGCACGAGAUCAUCCAACCUAACUCAACUUAACGCAACUCAGUCGAACUCAGUCGAACUCAUCUCAUCGUCAACGGAAGAAGCCUCAACCAGAAUACAACAGAUACAAGUAUAUAUACAUAUAUAUAUAUAUAGACAUAUGGUAAUGAUCAAGCAACUGUGGGCAGGUAUAGGAACAACGCUAAGCUAAACGUAAGGACUAAGGACAACAACAAAUUCUCUAGAUUACAAUAGAAUACAGAAGAAGAGGACAACUUUUUCAUGCAACUUUGAAGGCUGACAAAACAAAUUUUUGAUAAUCCAAAAGCAGAAGCGAACAAAUUACAAAGCAAACUAAAUACAAAAUACAAAAUACCACAAACAGCAACAAAACAAGCGUUAAGAAGAAGAGACUGAUUUUAAAAUAAGAGCUAGGCAGCGGAAAGGAUAAAAGGCAGCAGAAAGUGAGGCAAAAGUGAUUCAGGAUCAAAUCCAACUAAAAAGAAAACAAAACGCAACUUUCCAUACAGCAUAUUUAGAGUAUAUAUCUAAGACAGAUUGAUAUUUUUGAGCGAUUAUCCCUACUUUGAUACAUCAUGUUGAAGAAACUCAAGUGCAUGGAGGCGGUGCAGGCAGCAGCGGCUGCCACAUCAUCCGGAGGCUCAUCAGGAAGUGGUUCCGCAUCCGCAUCCGGAUCCGGAUCGGCUUCCAAACUGAUCAAGACCGAGCCCAUUGACUUUGAGAUGCUGCAUCUGGAGGAGAACGACAGGCAGCGCGAUAUGGAGCGGGAGCCGAGCAGCAGUAACUGCAACAGCAGCAGCAGCACCAGCAGCAACAGCUUGACCCCCCAGCGAUACACCCACGUGCAGGUGCAGACUGUGCCACCACGCCAGCCCACGGGUCUGACCACGCCCGGUGGCACCCAGAAGGUCAUACUGACGCCUCGCGUGGAGUACGUGCAACAGCGAGCCACCAGCUCCACAGGCGGUGGCAUGAAGCACGUGUACAGCCAACAGCAGGUGGGUGCUGCAUCGCGAUCCGCUCCGCCCGAGACCACGGCCCUGCUGACCACCACCUCGGGCACUCCCCAGAUCAUCAUCACCCGCACCCUACCCUCCAAUCAGCACCUGUCGCGCCGCCAUUCGGCCAGUCCCUCCGACCUGCACCACUACCAGCAGCAGCAGCCACAGCGCCAACAGUCGCCGCCACCGCUGCACCACCAACAGCAGCAGCAGCAGCAGCAUGUCCGCGUGAUCCGCGAUGGCCGGCUGUACGAUGAAGCCACGGUGGUGGUUGCUGCGCGUCGGCACUCGGUGUCGCCACCACCGCUGCACCACCACUCCAGAUCGGCGCCCGUGUCCCCGGUGAUUGGCAGGCGCGGUGGUGCCGCCUAUAUGGAUCAGCAAUAUCAGCAACGGCAGACGCCACCGCUGGCACCGCCGCCGCCGCCUCCACCACCGCCGCCACCACCACCGCCACCCCAACAACAGCAGCAGCAGCAGCAAUACAUCUCCACUGGUGUGGCACCACCGACGGCAGCGGCUCGGAAGUUUGUGGUCAGCACCAGCACGCGACACGUCAACGUGAUCGCCUCCAAUCACUUUCAACAACAGUCGCAUCAGUCGCAUCAGCCGCAUCAGCAGCAUCAGUCGCAUCAGCAGCAUCAGCAGCAUCAGUCGCAUCAGCAGCAUGUGAUCGCCAGCGUUAGUUCUAGCAGCAGCUCAUCGGCCAUUGGAUCGGGCGCCUCUUCUUCUUCGCACAUCUUUCGCACGCCCGUGGUAUCCAGCAGCAGCAGCAGCAACAUGCAACACCAGCAGCAACAGCAACAGCAGCAGUCGAGCCUGGGCAACUCGGUGAUGCGGCCACCUCCGCCGCCGCCGCCGCCCAAGGUCAAGCACGCCUCCAGCUCCAGCAGCGGCAACUCGAGCAGCAGCAACAGCAACAGCAACAGCAGCAGCAGCAACAGCAGCAGUAGCAGCAACGGCGAGGAGCCGUCUAGCUCCAUUCCUGAUCUAGAAUUCGAUGGCACCACAGUGCUGUGCCGCGUUUGCGGGGAUAAGGCCUCCGGUUUCCAUUACGGCGUGCAUUCCUGCGAGGGUUGCAAGGGAUUCUUCCGCCGCUCCAUCCAGCAAAAGAUCCAGUAUCGCCCGUGCACCAAGAACCAGCAGUGCAGCAUUCUGCGCAUCAAUCGCAAUCGCUGUCAGUACUGCCGCCUGAAAAAGUGCAUUGCCGUGGGCAUGAGUCGCGAUGCUGUGCGUUUUGGACGCGUGCCGAAGCGCGAAAAGGCGCGCAUCCUGGCGGCCAUGCAACAGAGCACCCAGAAUCGCGGCCAGCAGCGAGCCCUUGCCACCGAACUGGAUGACCAGCCACGCCUCCUCGCCGCCGUGCUGCGCGCCCACCUCGAGACCUGCGAGUUCACCAAGGAGAAGGUCUCCGCGAUGCGGCAGCGGGCGCGGGAUUGCCCCUCCUACUCCAUGCCCACACUUCUGGCCUGUCCGCUGAACCCCGCCCCCGAACUGCAAUCGGAGCAGGAGUUCUCGCAGCGUUUCGCGCACGUUAUUCGCGGCGUGAUCGACUUUGCCGGCAUGAUACCCGGCUUCCAGCUGCUCACCCAGGACGACAAGUUCACGCUGCUGAAGGCGGGACUCUUUGAUGCACUGUUUGUGCGCCUGAUCUGCAUGUUCGACUCGUCGAUAAACUCGAUCAUCUGCCUGAAUGGCCAGGUGAUGCGACGGGAUGCGAUCCAGAACGGUGCCAAUGCCCGCUUCCUGGUGGACUCCACCUUCAAUUUUGCGGAGCGCAUGAACUCGAUGAACCUGACAGAUGCCGAGAUCGGCCUGUUCUGCGCCAUCGUUCUGAUCACGCCAGAUCGCCCCGGUCUGCGCAACCUGGAGCUCAUUGAGAAGAUGUACUCGCGGCUCAAGGGCUGCCUGCAGUACAUUGUGGCCCAGAAUAGGCCCGAUCAGCCGGAGUUCCUGGCCAAGUUGCUGGAGACGAUGCCCGAUCUGCGCACCCUGAGCACCCUGCACACCGAGAAACUGGUCGUAUUCCGCACCGAGCACAAGGAGCUGCUGCGCCAGCAGAUGUGGUCCAUGGAGGACGGCAACAACAGCGAUGGCCAGCAGAACAAGUCGCCCUCGGGCAGCUGGGCGGACGCCAUGGACGUGGAGGCGGCCAAGAGUCCGCUGGGCUCGGUUUCCAGCAGUGAGUCCGCCGAUCUCGACUACGGCAGUCCGAGCAGCUCACAGCCACAGGGCGUGUCCCUGCCCUCGCCGCCGCAGCAACAGCCCUCGGCUUUGGCCAGCUCGGCUCCUCUGCUGGCGGCCACCCUCUCCGGUGGAUGUCCGCUGCGCAACCGGGCCAACUCCGGCUCCAGCGGCGACUCCGGAGCAGCUGACAUGGACAUCGUGGGCUCGCACGCACAUCUCACCCAGAACGGGCUGACAAUCACGCCGAUUGUGCGGCACCAGCAGCAGCAGCAGCAACAGCAGCAGCAGAUCGGAAUACUCAGCAAUGCGCAUUCCCGCAACUUGAACGGCGCACACGCGAUGUGCCAGCAGCAGCAGCAGCACCCACAACUGCACCACCACUUGACCGCCGGAGCUGCGCGCUACAGGAAGCUGGAUUCGCCCACGGAUUCGGGCAUUGAGUCGGGCAACGAGAAGAACGAGUGCAAGGCGGUGAGUUCGGGGGGCAGUUCCUCGUGCUCCAGUCCGCGCUCCAGUGUCGACGAUGCGCUGGACUGCAGCGAUGCCGCCGCCAAUCACAGCCAGGUGGUGCAGCAUCCGCAGCUGAGUGUGGUGGCCGUGUCACCAGUACGCUCGCCCCAGCCCUCCACCAGCAGCCACCUGAAGCGGCAGAUUGUGGAGGACAUGCCCGUGCUGAAGCGCGUGCUGCAGGCGCCGCCACUGUACGACACCAACUCGCUGAUGGACGAGGCCUACAAGCCGCACAAGAAGUUCCGGGCCCUGCGGCAUCGCGAGUUCGAGACCGCCGAGGCGGAUGCCAGCAGUUCCACAUCCGGCUCGAAUAGCCUGAGUGCCGGCAGUCCGCGGCAGAGUCCAGUGCCGAACAGUGUGGCCACGCCCCCGCCAACGGCGAGCAGUGCCGCCGCAGGUAAUCCCGCCCAGAGCCAGCUGCACAUGCACCUGACCCGCAGCAGCCCCAAGGCCUCGAUGGCCAGCUCGCACUCGGUGCUGGCCAAGUCCCUCAUGGCCGAGCCGCGCAUGACGCCCGAGCAGAUGAAGCGCAGCGACAUUAUCCAGAACUACUUGAAGCGCGAGAACAGCACGGCCGCCAGCAGCACCACCAAUGGCGUGGGCAACCGCAGUCCCAGCAGCAGCUCCACACCGCCGCCAUCGGCGGUGCAGAGUCAGCAGCGGUGGGGCAGCAGCUCGGUGAUCACCACCACCUGCCAGCAGCGCCAGCAGUCCGUGUCGCCGCACAGCAAUGGCUCCAGCUCCAGUUCGAGCUCCAGCUCCAGCUCCAGUUCGUCCUCCUCCUCCACAUCCUCCAACUGCAGCUCCAGCUCGGCCAGCAGCUGUCAGUAUUUCCAGUCGCCGCACUCCACCAGCAACGGCACCAGUGCGCCGGCGAGCUCCAGUUCGGGAUCGAGCAGCGCCACGCCCCUGCUGGAACUGCAGGUGGACAUUGCCGACUCGGCGCAGCCGCUCAAUUUGUCCAAGAAGUCGCCCACGCCGCCGCCCAGCAAGCUGCACGCUCUGGUGGCCGCCGCCAAUGCCGUUCAGCGCUAUCCCACGCUGUCCGCCGACGUCACUGUGACCGCCUCCAAUGGCGGUCCUCCGUCGGCGGUGGCCAGUCCGGCGCCCAGCAGCAGUCCGCCGGCGAGUGUGGCCUCACCCAAUCCCGGCCUGAACGCCGCCGUGCACAAGGUCAUGCUGGAGGCGUAAGAGCGGGCGGAGGUAGGUGGAAGGUCGGAGCAGUGGGAGAGACAGAGACAGAGACUGGGUGUGGCAGUGGCAGUUUAGCGAUGCAGAAAGCAGCAAGCAGCAAGCAGGAAGCAGGAUCAAUUAAGGAUCGGCAGGAGUUGAAUUAAAUUAUUUUACCUUUUAAUUGAGCCGUGUACAAAGUUUGAAAGCAAAACCAACAUGCAUGCAAUUUAAAACUAAUAUUUAAAGCAACAACAAACAAAACAACUACAAGUUAUUAAUUUAAAAAAGAAAAAACCAACAAACAAACAAACAAACAACAAAAAACCCAAGCUUGAAUGGUAUUACAAAAGAAAAAGAAAAACAGAAAAAGAGAAAAAACAUAAAUAUAUUUUAGCAGUUAAACUUUAACGUAGCAAGAAACCAACAAACCCAAGGCAGCGCUCUGAUUUUGCAUUAACUUUUCUUCAGCUGCUACCGAAAACGCCCCCACGCCCCCCCCCCCCCCACCCCUCAAACCCCCUCUCACCCCCCACACGUUUUUGGACCCCUGAUUGUUUUAUAAGUUUUAAGCUCUUGUUGUACAUAUUAAUUACGUUUAUUGGUAACUAUGUUUAGCGCUUUAGUUGUAGUUGGAGCAAAACUACUUUGCUUUUUUGGAUGUUUUUUGAAAAAACUGCAAAUUAUUAUUAUUAAAUUUUUAAAUACCUAAAAACAAAAACAAUGUGUGUGAAAUUUUUUAUUGUGCGAUCUCCAAGCAGAAUUGAAGUGCAGUUUGCAACAAAUUUUAACUACGAUUAAGUUGAUAACGAUUCAUUUUUUAUGAAUUUAACUAAUUUUAUGAAUUUGUUAUAGUUUUCCACCACCCCCCUCCCUCCAUCCUAUCGAACUUUCUAUCUGACCAACUAGCUAUCCGUAUUCCUGAGUUCUCCUUUGGCACAAAGCUCUUCUCUAUGCUAAAGAAUCAAGUGGAAUAGAUAUUGUUUUCUAAUUUUAAAACUACCACAAAAAAUACGAUUAAAAUAAACACGAAGUAAUUGAAAAUCAAACAAAAUGCUUAAAGUUUUAGCAGCAAGCAGUAAAACGACGAUGAAGAAGAGAAGCCCAACGUUAAAUAUAUCUGUUGUGUACAUAGUUAAAUGUUAAAUUAAACACAAAAACAUAUUUAAAGUACAUAUAAAUACACAUAAUUAUUAAUGAAGAAACCUAUGCUUAAAAGAUUCAAUGUUUGAUUGGCAUCUUAGAAAACCAAGCGAAAAAUACAAAAAAAAAACAAGAAACAAAAAUUAUGAUAUAUUAUUUAAAAGUAAAGUAUACCUUUAUAUUACAGAAAAAAGAAAAGAGAAAACUUGCGGUAGCAACAAAACUAUUAUAUUAAUUACAUUUUAAUUAUGCUGUACUAUUAUGAUUAUUAAUUAUUAUGAUUAAUUAAUUACGAUUUUUAUGCUUAGACAAACCAACAACAAAAAACAAAGAUGCAAAAACAAUUAAAAAAAAAACAAAAAACAAGCAAAAAAUUACACUGGCGCAGAAAUUUGUAUUGUCAAAUCAAUAAAAAAUUUGUUUAAAAAUUUCAAAAGAAAAGCCUCUUAAGUUUUUUCAUUUCAAUUUCUUUUUUUCAGUUGAACACUUUUUCCUAAAAUUUUCAGUUUUACGUUACUUUGCUUUUGGAAUGGUAAGAUUUUCGGUUUCACUUGAUUUCAUUUUCCAUUUGACUAUCGUGCUGUAAAAAAUUUACGUAAUUAUAUCGAAAGUAUUUAUAUCACAAUUAAAUAAACAACAAUUUUAUGUGUAUAGACGAGCCACUGAGGAAAAUGUGUAAAAGCAAAAACCGUCAACGUUGGCAAAAAAUAAAAAAAAAAAUGCAAAGAGAAGGGGAAAUCUACAAGAUAUAUUAUAUUCUUUUAAAAUUUAUGCAGCGUAAGGAAGCGAUGGUUCCACCAAAAACCACGAAAUUAACAAAGAUAUCACACUUCAAUAAUUGACUUUAUAUAUACACGCCAGCAUAUGUACGUAGAUGAAACGAUUUUGGUGUCUGAGUGUAUGUAUGUACGAGUAUGUAGGUGUAUGUAACAUUGUCCGUAACUUUUAGCCAGAAAAACGACAGCAGAAUAUUGUAAUUGUGUAACUAAAAGUGAAUAUUUUAUGUAAAAACUAUCUCAGCAUUGGGCGAUGAUGCAGAUGGGUGUUUAUGAUGAUCACGAUGAUGAUGAUAAUGAUAAUUGGUGAUGGAUUCUGAUAGGGAAAUCCAACCGAACGACGGCAGCGACAACUGAAACAAUGAAAUUGCGACAAUUAAGCGUAACGUAACGUAAAGUAUAUGUAAAACGUAUCCGUAAACAGCCGUAAGAGUUUAACGUAAAGUAAUAGAAACUAAAACAUUGAGAAGAAUAAUGCAACUUUGAGGCAACUCCAGCUGAGGCAUAUGAAAUACCGUAUGAGUAAUAUCUAUUAAUAUAUAUAUAUAUAUAUACACAUGAAUAUAUUUUCAAGGACAGUCACAAAUCAAAUUGCGGCAAAAAAAGAGUUUUUAAACAUGAGAAUUUGGCAAAAAUCGAAAAAAUAUGUGAAGAAUGAGACGAAAGGAUGAGGAAAUGUUCCGAAAAUUGAUGAAAUCUCCAUAAAAAUGAAAAUUGACAGAAAAUUUGUAUUUGUGAAAUAACAUAAUAUUACAGUUUGUUUUAAAUGGAAACACAAUGAAAACCCCCCAGAAUGGAAUAUGUGAAUAAAAUAUUGAAAAUAAGUAUUUAAAAUAUAUCAACAAAAAUUAUGAAAAACCAA